AUGGACGAGGCACAGAGCCUCAAGGUUGACCGUCGCCGCCGCCGCCCGGCUCUUUCAUGCGUUAGCUGCCGGAGGUCCAAGAUCCGCUGUGACCGUAAUUUACCUUGCAGUACUUGCGUUCGCUCCAAACAUAAGACCUGUGUCUAUGAGCCUCAAGGCCGGCAUUCGGAGUUAUCUUCUUCUACAAUCGGCCCAAAUCACCCAGCCGAUCCCUUGUCUGCCGUUGACUCCGAUACGGCCGUCUCUCCCGUGACCAGUGGAUCAAACCACGCACGUCACGGCGAAGCUUCACACGAGGAUCACUCGACUCUUUCCUUGAAUGGCUCUACAACCGUCGACUCAGCUUCUUCUAAAAGCCAUGAACCAUCUUUCGAUAUUAGGUCACUACUAGACCGAAUCAAAGAGCUUGAACGCCGCUUAGAGGAUUCUACGGGGAAUCACUCACGCCAGAAGAACGCCACACAACCCUCCACCAUACAACCUUCCACCGCCGACCCGGACCUUGUGGCUACCUAUCCUAGUUAUCUAGCAGGAGAAUUACACACCAUGAGUAGAAGUGUCAUGACCAAAACCCGGUAUCUAGGCCAAAGCCACUGGAUGAAUCAAAUAGGAAGCUUCAAGUAUAUAUUAGAAAUAUUCGACCAGCAGUGUCGAGAAAAGAUAUCAGAGCCGAUAGCGACGGUAAACCGAUGCAAGUCGCUGGCUCGGACCGUCAAGGCGCAAAGGGCACCUGUACAAGUUAUUAAAUAUGGUACUAAUAUACCGCCACGAGAAGUCGCGGAUAAGCUCGUAGAUGGAUACCUUCGAACGUCAGAAACCGUCUUCCGAAUAUUACAUGUCCCGUCGUUUCGAAAAGACUAUGAAAAUUUCUGGUUGUCGCCCGACUCGGUUGACCUCCCCUUCACGAUUCAACUUCAGCUCGUUAUGGCGAUUGGUGGCGCGGUUUAUGAUGACCACUAUACCAUGCGCAAGUCGGCUAUGCAGUGGGUAUGCGAGGCACAAUCCUGGCUCAUCUCUCCAGCCCCUAAGACAAGGCUGACCCUCACUGGCCUACGGGUCAUGCUGCUCCUCUGCCUCGCGCAAGGGACUGCGUCCGUGGGUCAGGAUCUGGUCUGGAUCCAGGUGGGACAAUUAAUGCGCACAGCUGUCUAUAUGGGCCUUCACAAGGACCCGAAGAAACUCCCCAAGAUGAGCCGGUUCCUCUCCGAGGUUCGCCGCCGGUUGUGGAAUACUAUCCUCGAAAUCGCGCUACAGGCCAGCGUUGACUCUGGAGGACCGCCCCUAAUCUAUCUUGAGCAGUACGAUACUUGCGCGCCGGGCAAUUACGACGAUGAUCAACUAACGGACGACGACACGCCUCUCGCGGUUAAUCCCCCAAAUAAGUUCACAGACAUGUCUGUGGCUAUAGCACUUCGUGCUAGUUUUUCGGCGCGUCUAGCGAUUGCCCGGCUCCUUAACGAAAUCGGUACACAAAACACAUUCGAUGAUACCAUUCAACUUCAUAAUCAACUCAGUACCGCAUACAAAUCCCUCUCACAGCAGCUCCAACGAUUUACACUUGGCGACCGACAACCGACAGGGUUUCAACGACGCCUUGUAGAUCUUCUUGUGCGUCGAUACUUCAUGGCACUCCAUCUUCCUUACUUUGGCCCAGCUAUGAGUGAGCCGGCUUACGCCUUCUCGAGGAAAACUGUAGUGGAGAUAAGUGCGAAACUGUAUUCUACUGUUUUCCCUUCAGCCGCUUUCAGUCCUCGGCCACUGCGACCUCAAAUAAAUGACUUGGGACAAAUAUCCAUUGUACCAGAUGGGGAUGACUUGGCUCGAUUUACUACUUGUGCAGCAGGCUUUGCUCGCAGUAUCCUCUCACAAGCAUCGAUGGCCAUCGGUCUCGAUCUGCAAAACCAAUUGCAAGAGGAUGAUAGCUUAGGGCCGCCUACCCCCCGAGCGGACCUACUUAAUAUUUUCAAAGAUGCCACCGCGUGGAUAUAUUAUCGCAUCUAUGUUGGGGAGACGAAUGUAAAAGGCUAUUUAUUUUCAUUGGCACUAUUAACGCAUAUUGAAGGAUUAAUGAAGGGCCUAAAACGAGCAGACCUCGUAGAUUCGGUUAUUACAGCUGGCACUGAAUCAAUGCAAGACUGCUUUGAAUUGCUCAAGCAACAGAUCGCCUCACAGCCCGAUGAAGCUACCAGUACGAAUAAUGCACAGCCUGAUUUCGACAGUAUGAUGGCGAUGAACCAAGACUGGGAAUACAAUAGCCCAAUGCAGAAUGUCCUCUUCAAUUUUACCAACAUCGAAGCUGUGUUAGGCGUGCCUACAGGUUCUGAUAUGAUGACAACCGAUUUCUCACAAUGGUAG